AUGUCUUCACAAGACCAAAACACCAAACAAGAAAUUCAUGUUCUAUUGGUAGCAUUUUCAGCCCAAGGUCACAUAAACCCUUUACUUAGACUAGGAAAAUCACUAUUAACCAAAGGCCUUAAAGUCACCCUCGCCACCACGGAGUUAGUUUACCACCGCGUCUUCAAAUCGACCACCACUCCAACCACCACCACUGUCCCGACCUCUUACACCACCAACGGAAUCAACGUUAUCUUUUUCUCCGACGGCUUUGAUAUCGCUGAAGGCCAUGUAUCCGUCGACGAAUACAUGAACCUAAUAGCGAAAUUCGGUCCCAUUAGCCUCACAAAUCUCAUAAAAAACAAUUUCCUCAACAAUAGUUCUAAAAAACUAGCUUGCAUUAUUAACAACCCUUUUGUUCCUUGGGUAACAAACGUAGCUUAUGAACUCAAUAUCCCAUGUGCUUGUCUCUGGAUUCAACCUUGUACUCUUUACUCCAUUUACUAUCGUUUCUACAAUCAUUUAAACCAUUUUCCAACCCUCGAAAACCCUAAAACCGACGUCGAAAUACCCGGUCUCCCGAUAUUGAAACCACAAGACCUUCCAUCUUUUGUUCUUCCAACAAAUGAUAUAAAAGCCCUAUCAAAUGUUUUACAAGAGAUGUUCCAAAACAUGAAGAAACUCAAAUGGGUAUUAGCAAAUUCUUUCUAUGAAUUAGAAAAAGACGUGAUUGAUUCAAUGGCUGAGAUUUUCCCAAUAACAACCGUAGGUCCAUUGGUUCCUCCUUCAUUAUUAGGUCAAGAUCGAAUCGACGACGACGUCGGAAUCGAAAUGUGGAAGCCAAAGGAUUCAUGCAUGGAAUGGCUUAACCAAAAGCCACCAUCUUCAGUUAUAUAUAUCUCCUUCGGAAGUCUCAUUUUUCUCAAGGAAAAACAAAUGCUGAGCAUAGCUAAAGCAUUGAAGAACACUAACAAGUAUUUUCUCUGGGUGAUGAAAGAUAAAGAAGGAGACGAAGUUCGUCUUCCCGAAAAAUUCGUCGAAGAAACAAAAGAGAAAGGAAUGAUAGUAACAUGGUGUCCACAAACUAGGGUUUUGGUUCAUCCUUCAAUAGCAUGUUUCUUAACACACUGUGGAUGGAAUUCAACGUUGGAAGCCAUAGCUUCUGGAGUUCCUAUGAUUGGUUACCCACAAUGGAGUGAUCAACCGACGAACGCGAAACUCGUGUCGGAUGUUUUUCGUACUGGGAUUCGGUUGAAACCGGACAGUGAUGGGUUUGUGGAGAGCGAGGAAGUUGAAAGGGCGAUUGAGGAGAUUGUUGGAGGAGAAAAGUUUGAGGAGGUUAAGAAAAAUGUUUUGGAGAUGAAAAGUGCGGCGAGGGAAGCGUUGAUAGAUGGUGGAUCUUCUGAUAGGAAUAUUCAAUCGUUUGUUGAUGAGAUUCUUGUCUGUGUUGAGAACAAUAAUUGA